UUUCUAUUAUUUAUAUAUACAUCUCUUAUUUAUAGAACUGUUGUCUAUGAUAGAACCUAUGAUUUUUAACUAUUAUUUUAUGUUGAGCCGAAUAUGGUUUUAUAUAAAUUAUAUUUAAUAUAAUCUAAUGGAUGAUCUUUUCAUAAAAGGAAGAUAUGACUCUCCGAGUGUCUCUUAUUAGUUUAUUUGCAUAUAUGGUCUUGGCGCUGGAGAAGGAAAUGACUAUAAAUGUAGAAGCUGGAAGAGAAGACUGUUUUUACCAGGAAGUAAAAGAAGGAGAGGUAAUUGACUUUGAUUAUCAAGUGAUCGAUGGUGGUCAUGGAGAUUUAGAUGUAACAUUAAGAAUAGCAGACCCAACAGGUAGAAUUCUCAUUGCUGACUUCAAGAAAUCAGAAAACAGUCACCGUUUAGAAGCUUCCUUGACUGGUGAUUACAAGUUCUGCUUUGACAAUACAUACAGUUCUUAUAACACAAAAACAGUUUUUUUUGGAUUACUUCUGGAUGAAGAUGAUAGUGACAGUCAUGAAAUUGUAGAUGUGAGAAGGUUUGAUAAUCUAAUAUCAGAGAAACAGUUUGACUUCAAAAUUGAUGAUGUCAUGGGCCCUUUGGCCAUAGUAAAGGAUCAUUUAAUAAAAGCAAGACGUUUACAAGAAAUAAUGAAGUCUUUUGAAGCUAGGGAUCGUAACAUUGCUGAAGAAAAUAAUUAUAAGAUAAAUUUCUUUUCGUUAGUGCAGAUUUUAGUAAUGCUAUCAGUUGGGAUGGUUCAGAUGAUUAUGUUAAAAAGCUUAUUUAAUGUAGACUCUAAAGUACAAAAACUAUGGAAAAAAAUUGAUCCAAACUGAUUUAUGUACAAAUUUAUUAUUCUAUUUUAUAUGUUGUGCCAUGUUUUAUAUUAAUAUUCUGAUAGCAUGUACAGUAGUUUUUGUCUUAUCUUAAUUUUUCCAUCUAAUAAAGUGUUUUUUAUUUUAAAUCAA